GGGCGGGGCCGGGGCGGGGCGGGACGCGCAGCAGCAGGAGCAGCGCCGCCGCCGCCAUGCAGGGCCGCCCCCGGCUCGGCGGCCCGCAGCGGCCGCCCGCCCCGCAGCGAGCCCCGAGCGGGGGCCGAGCCCGGCCCGGCCGGCGCCGAGCCCAGCCGCCAGCCCGCGCCGCAGCAUGUCCGGGCCACCGCCGCCGUUAGCGCGCAGACGGACGGCAGCCGCCGCAGCCCGCGGGAGACCGCCGGCUGCCCCGCUCCGCUGGCAGCCGUGACGAGGGCGGGCGGAGGACGGGGGCUCUCCCGGGCCGUUGCCGCUCGCCGACUGCCCGAUUCGGAUCCUCGCUUGCUCCGAGCGCGGCUCGGUUUGGUGCUGAAGCUGCCGUCAUGAACGGGCUGUCGGUCAGCCAGCUCUGCUGCCUCUUCUGCUGCCCUCCCUGUCCCAGCCGCAUCGCGGCCAAGCUGGCCUUCCUGCCCCCGGAGCCCACGUACGCCAUGGUGCCCGAGCCCGAGGCCGUGGGCAGCACCAGCACCGGCUCCCUGCGAGGAGGCGCCGUGGGACGCUGGAAGCUGCACUUGACGGACCGGGCCGAUUUCCAGUACACCCAGCGGGAGCUGGACAACAUCGAGGUGUUCAUCACCAAGAGCGGCCGAGGGAACCGCGUCGGCUGCAUGUACGUCCGCUGCGUGCCGGGCGCCAGGUUCACAGUGCUCUUCUCCCACGGCAACGCCGUGGACCUGGGGCAGAUGAGCAGUUUCUACAUAGGGCUGGGCACGCGCAUCAACUGCAACAUCUUCUCCUACGACUACUCAGGCUACGGCGUGAGCACGGGCAAGCCCUCGGAGAAGAACCUCUACUCCGACAUCGACGCCGCUUGGCAGGCGCUGCGCACGCGGUACGGGAUCAGCCCGGAGAACAUCAUUUUGUAUGGACAAAGCAUCGGCACGGUGCCCACGGUGGAUUUGGCCUCCCGCUACGAGUGCGCGGCGAUUGUGCUCCACUCCCCACUCACCUCUGGCAUGAGAGUCGCCUUCCCUGAGACCAAGAAGACCUACUGCUUCGAUGCCUUCCCCAACAUCGAGAAGAUCUCCAAAAUCACCUCUCCCGUCCUCAUCAUCCAUGGCACGGAGGACGAAGUCAUCGACUUCUCCCAUGGCCUGGCGCUCUUCGAACGCUGCCCCAAGGCCGUGGAGCCGCUGUGGGUGGAUGGGGCCGGGCACAAUGACAUUGAACUCUACAGCCAGUACCUCGAGCGCCUUCGGAAAUUCAUCUCCCAGGAGCUGGCCAGCCAACGCAACUGAGCCCCGGGGAGGGGACGGGGUGGGGGAGGGAAGGGGGUUCCUGUGCGUUUCUGUCCUCUCCCCCCUCACACACACACACUCCCUGCUGCUGGAGGCGGAAUGAGUUUGUACGGCCUCAGCUCCAGCCCAGGCCGACGGCCUCGGAAGAGAUGAGGAUGCCCUUCAGUGCAUGGUGCGUUUUCUCUUUGAUGCGAGCGCAGCUCUCCUGGUCCGCGUCGGCCCUCCUCUCCGCUGGACCCGGACGCUGCUCGGACCACUGGCCAGGCUGGCAAGACAGCAGCUCCCUCCUUUCCCCUGCAGCAGGGAAGAGAAAGACAUGAGCCCUCUCUCUUGAUGGUCAGUCCUGGGCUUUGGACACGUCCUCGUCCCCUCUCCAAAAAAUGAGCCCCUGAAUUCAUCCUGGCUGGUCUGACUAUAGCAAUAAGGCGACUGGAGAGGGACUGGGCUGGGGGGCAGCGGCCGGCUGGGGGUCCUGUCCCUCUCCCAGGCAUGGCUGCAUGGCGUUUGCCCCCACCGUGGGACAGAGGAGGUGGCAGUCCCUGCUCGGGAUGAAGCUUUUCUGGUGUUGGGGCUGGUGGUGGUGGGGUGCCUGGUGUUUGCCCCGGGGCUGGGGGCAGAGCCGUGUCCCGAGGGGGAGUUUGGGGGCAGGCGGAGGAGGUGCCAGCACCUGCCUCCCUGCCUCUCCUCCCUGCGGCCUGGCCCUGCUCCACCUUCCCGGCAGCCUCCCCAUGUUGAGGCCACCCUCUUCGCAGCUCCCUCGUCCCGCUGGCUCUCGUGGUUCGUUUGGGAAAGGGGAUGAGGAAACCAGGCAGCGAAUAAAGAGCUGAGAUUUAA